AUGAGUAACAAUAAGAAAAAUAUUGGAGAAGUUAUUGGAACAGCAUUUGCUUCUUUCGUAGUUACAAAUAUAGAUGAUCUUGUUGUCUUAAUGAAUUUCUUUACAGAAGCCACUAUAUCAAAUUCAUCACUCAAAUGUCGUCAUAUUUUCAUUGGUCAAUAUCUGGGUUUUAUUAUAUUGUUAGGCAUUAGUCUUAUUGGUUUUGGUGCUUCAUAUGCACUGCCUGUUAAAAUGCUUGGAUUUCUUGGAUUUUUACCGAUUAUUCUUGGUAUAAAAGGUGCUAUCGAAAUUAUCAUUGAAGUAUAUAAAAAGUCGAUUAUUAAUAUAGAUGAUAUUAUUCCAAAUGAUAAUAUUUCUACAAUUGAACUUGAAAUAAUUCGUUAUCGAAAUGAUGUUAAUGAACCAGUUAUUUCUGAAUUUACAAUACGACAACAACAACCUAAUAUUAUUGAAUCUUCUUCAACGAUGAAAUUCAAACAAAAACUUCUUAAAUUUUUAAAUCAUUGUUUUAAUCUACAAACAUUAAAAAUCGCAAGCAUUACGUUAGCCAAUGGUGGUGAUAAUGUUGCUAUUUAUGCAUCAUUAUUUGCUCAAGCAACAAAAUGGCACAUUGGUAUUUAUAUCGUUAUAUUUUUGUUUAUGGUUUUGAUUUGGCUUGUAUUUUGUUAUUUCUUUAUUAAUUUUCGACCAAUCUUAUCUAUUGCACAAAAAUAUGCUCAUUAUAUUGUUCCACUUGCAUUUAUCGGUAUUGGAAUUUAUAUUAUUAUUGAAUCAGAGUGUUUUCCAUGGUUAGUACAAGCUAUUAAAACAAAAAAUUUUACAAAUGGUUAA